AUGGCCUGUCCCCUGGAGCAGGCACUGGCCGUGCUGGUCACCACCUUCCACAAGUACUCGGGGAAGGAAGGGGACAAGUACAAGCUGAGCAAGAUGGAGCUGAAGGAGCUGCUGGGCAAGGAGCUGCCGGUCUUUGGGAGCGUGAGUGGCCGUGGGGACACGUCCCCUCCUGUCCUUCGGGAGCUGGAGUGGAUGGGGGACACAUCUGGUGGCCUCUGGGAGCCUAAGUGGCCAUGGGGACAUGUCCCCUUGGGUCCUUUGAGAGCCUAA